UUCUCAUUCACUGUAUCUGCACCCUUGAUAACUCACAUCCAAGUUGUGCACUAACCCCACGUCGCUCGUUGACUGUUUCAGACCUCUCACAUUGAACAUUGUUUCGUCUCUUUACCCAAUGCAACUUCGCUCCUUUCUCGUCACCAGUAUCUGGGUGGUGGGCUCUUUGGCCUCACCAGUCCCGGAGACUGGCGACUCCUCGCAAAAGCAACUGUCCAACGCGCCCAAUUCUCGUCCCUCUUUUCUCACUGUGACCGGACAUGAGGUCCACCUACCGUGUCUCCAAUGUUCUCCAGAGGAUGACAAGGGCCUAGUUGAGAACACAACCUCGACACCCUUCGCAAUGAACCUCCGAACCGAACACAAUGCCCUCCUGGUCAACAACGUCAGCGUCUUUCCCGCCGGAUACCCCAUGCAACUUCCAGCCCAGAUGCACCACGACGGCAACAUUGACAGCGCCACUGUCGAGACCGUCCUCCUGACCUACGGGGUGGACAUCGAAUACCUCCCACCGAGGGUCGACUCCCAGGUGGGCGACAUGUACUUCGUGGAGGUCAAGUUCUUUGAUUCCACCGGUCGCCCCGCCACCACAAGCGUGAUCCACGUCCGCUUGUCUCGCGACGCCGACGAAGACGACCUCUCCAUCUCCCAAAUCAUCAUCGAGCCGCUCCUCGACUACCAUGCGUCCCACGGCCACGGCAACAAGGUGUGGCACGCCCAGUACUGGAAGAUGCUGGUGGGUAAGUACAAGUGCUGGCGCAAGGAGCAGAAGAAGGCCCUCCACAAGAGCUUGCAUGCGACGCCGGAGGUCCACGUCUCCUGCGGUGAUAGACCCUGUACACAGCCCUACAACACGGUCGUCACAACUGAUGGGCCGGGACACCACCGCUACAACAGCAGCGAGGCCAAGUCCCCGUUUGCCGUGGCUGGCCCGUCGAUGAACGCCUACGUGCACCACCACCGGUCCAACCCCAACUUCUGGCGUCUCAUCAUCCCGGCGAUGGUGCCUGCGUUGUUGGGGAUGGUCGCGGGGUUGGUCGUUUGUACUACCGGGGUGGUUGUCUGGAAGAUUAUCUCGUGUGCGCUGGCUCGGUGCGCUGACAAGCGGGCCAAGAGAUGUGCCCGUGGCGCCGGGUGCUGCAGGGGCUCGAAAGAAGCGGUGUCAGAGAAGCAGCAGCUUCUGGCUCGGGAGAUUGGGGCCAAUUGCGAUGUGUAGAGACUGUGAUUGCCCCUUCCACUUCAGACAGACAAGACAAUGCGUAUUGGGGUAACCCGUGGUAGCUACGAGGUGAGAGUACGGGAUGGGUGGAUCGGGUAGAGAGCAUGAUGGGAUUGUAUGUGCUUAUCAUUCCUUGCGCAGAAUGGUCAGACUUUCAAUAAAUUGUGUGCCUACUCGCGUCAGCCUCAGAAUCAAUUUUUCUCCUUUGUAG